UUGAUAAAUAUGUAUUAUUCUUCGGUGUUUACUGCCAUAUCAGAACAUUGUCGAGUUCAGGGUUUGGAAGAAAUAAUGUACGUUAUCAGAAUCACUGGUUCAUUACGUACAAUUGGUGUAACCUAAAGAACAGCUAACGAAGUGAGAAUACAAAAAAUAUGGAACUUUGUAUGUACAAAUUUACAAGGUCGGUUCUUCGGAGUUCUUCUGGACUAAUUAACAAGUUCAGUGUAAGGUGUUCCUCACAAUAUUAUAAGGUAGAUGACAACAUCUUCAGCUUAAAUGAUCAACAGAAACAGCUGCGGCAGUUGACUUUUGAUUUCGCACAAAAGGAGCUUGCGCCGAAGGCCGCCGAGAUCGACCGGAAGAACAACUUCGACGAUCUUCGACUGUUCUGGAGGAAAUUGGGAGACUUAGGAUUACUGGGAAUUACGGUGCGACCGGAAUAUGGCGGGACAGAUGGGACAUACUUGGAUCAUGUGAUUAUCAUGGAAGAGUUGAGCAGAGCGUCGGGAUCUAUAGGACUCAGUUAUGGCGCGCAUUCGAACUUGUGUAUCAAUCAGAUUCACAGGAAUGGCACGGAAGAACAGAAACAUAAGUAUUUGCCGAAGUUGUGCAGCGGAGAGCAUAUUGGUGCGCUGGCAAUGUCAGAACCAGGGUCUGGAUCGGACGUCGUUUCCAUGAAACUGCGAGCCGAAAGAAAAGGGGAUUAUUACGUCUUAAACGGGAACAAGUUCUGGAUCACGAACGGUCCGGACGCGGAAACCCUGGUUGUUUACGCAAGAACGAAUCCAAAUGCGGAGAAACCGCAACACGGUAUCACAGCUUUCAUCGUGGAGCGAGAAUUCGAAGGUUUCAGUACUGCUCAAAAAUUGGACAAGCUAGGGAUGCGGGGUUCGAACACUGGCGAGCUUGUUUUCGAGGACUGUAAAGUUCCAGCGAAAAACGUGCUAGGCGAAGAGAAUAAAGGCAUAUAUGUCCUAUUCAGUGGUCUCGACCUGGAACGACUGGUAUUAGCGGGUGGCCCCUUAGGAAUUCUUCAAGCGUGUUGCGACGUGGCGUUCGAAUAUGCACACGCGAGGCAACAGUUUGGUAAACGCAUAGAAGAGUUUCAGCUUAUCCAGGAGAAAAUAGCGAACAUGUAUACCAGCCUGAGCGCUUGCAGGAGUUACCUAUACACCGUAGCACGAUCCUGCGACGCAGGAUACACGAAUAGAAAGGAUUGUGCCGCGGUGAUACUUCAUAUCUCUGAAUACGCCACGAAAGCUGCUUUAGACGCGAUCCAAAUACUUGGCGGGAACGGUUACAUAAACGAUUAUCCUACAGGAAGACUCUUACGAGACGCGAAGUUAUACGAGAUCGGCGCUGGCACCAAUGAAAUCCGUCGAAUGGUAAUCAGCAGAGUGAUUACCCAAGAAUAUUCAUGAAAAGAUUUAACGCCUUUUUCCUUCAGUUCCUCGGUCUCCGCCGUUUCUACGAAU